AUGAGUCUCACAGAGACCAUCAGACUUGUGUUCUCACUCUCUUGCCUCCAUGGACUUGGAAUUGGAGUCACUAGUUCAGAUACAUCUCUUGAGUCCUGGUUUUCAUCUGAUAGAUCUACUGGGUACCUUGAAGAUGUUAUUGCAGGCUGGAGUUUUUGGUACAAGCAACAAAAUUUACCAUUGUACUCUCUGUCUCAGGAUCAAAAGGAAACCCAUUGUCUGGCAGACCAGAUAGAUAUAUUUCCACCAUGUUCUUCCACAAGAACCCAACGCCUGGUUGAUGAUUACACCAUUCCAGACAAUGAAAAAUUCAGCACUGGGAGCCAAUCAUCAUCACCACAAGACACGCAUGCAGCUUCAACACAGGAAGAUAAUCCUGAGAAGAGAAAGGCAUCUAUACAAUCAGACGAAAACGAUACUUCAGUUUCAACUUCUUUCGAAGUGCAAUGGUUCAUUUUGCAGUUUGGUUUUGAUGUGUUAUGGAUUCCAGAGGGUCAGAAGAAGCGAAUUGCUUACCCGUUCGAGAUGGUGAAGCGAGGAGGGGCAAAUGGAGAAACAGUGCUUGAAGACAUAAAUCAGCAGAUGCGAAUGAGCCCAGCGAAGCCGAUUCCGCAUCCAGUGAGAGAUCGAGUGCGUGUUCCAUGCGAUUCUGAUCGUGGUUUUGGGAUUUCAGGAAAAGCAGUGGUGGCUCUUACUAGGAUUCACACACAGGGUACAGGAUCUAUCACCGUUGUUAGAACCGAGGGAUGA